GGCAGGAGGUUUGUUUACUUCCGGGACCCGCCCCCGCCCCCCGCAGCCAGCAGCCGCCAUGGGGGAGGCGGAGGAGCCGGUGCCCGAUGAGUGAGGAAGAGUGGUCAGAUUUGGAGCCUGUCAACCUUUUCAGUGUCUCUGUCUAAUCCAAUUUGGAAAACCUGUUUGAAUUCAAGUGUAAACAAUCCGGUGCUGUUUUCACAUUUGGAAAAAGCAAAUUUGCCGAAAAUAUUCCUAGCAAGUUCUGGUUUAAAAAUGACAAGCCUUUGUAUAUGUCAUGUGGAGAUGAACAUACUGCUAUUGUUACAGGAAAUGGUAAACUUUACAUGUUUGGCAGCAAUAACUGGGGCCAGUUAGGACUAGGAACAAAGAAUACUAUCAACAAGCCAACUUGUAUAAAAGCUUUAAAACCAGAAAAAGUUAAACUUGCUGCUUGCGGGAGAAACCACACUUUAGUUUACACAGAACGAGGACAUGUAUAUGCUGCUGGAGGUAACAGUGAAGGGCAGUUGGGAUUAGGUGACACAGAGGAAAGAAACACGUUUCAUCUAAUUAGUUUUUUUACCAACCAGUACAAGAUCAAACAGCUGGCAGCUGGAUCUUACACAUCAGCAGCACUAACCGAGGAUGGACAGCUUUUCGUGUGGGGUGACAAUUCUGAAGGUCAGAUUGGCCUGGCUGGUGAAGCCAGUGUGUGUGUACCUUGUCAAGUGGAUGUUGGAAAGCCUGUUUCCUGGGUCUCCUGUGGAUAUUACCAUUCUGCUUUGGUAACAAGAGAUGGUGAGCUCUACACUUUUGGAGAACCUGAAAAUGGGAAGCUAGGUUUGUCGCCUGAACAACUGAAAAACAGUCGGGUUCCACAGCUAGUGCCUGGAAUUUUGGGAAGGGUUAAUAAGGUUGCUUGUGGUGGCGGACAUACGGUGGCACUUACAGAAACAGAUGUAUAUACCUUUGGCCUUGGACAAUAUGGGCAACUUGGACAUGGUACGUUUAUUUUUGAAACGUCGGCACCAAAGGCUGUGGAACAUCUGAAGAGGCAUAAAAUAUGUAACAUUGCAUGUGGGGAAAAUCAUACAGCUGUAAUAGCAGACAACGGCCUUAUGUUUACUUUUGGAGAUGGACGACACGGCAAAUUAGGACUUGGAGAAGAGAAUUUUACUAAUCAAUUCAUACCCACCUUAUGUUCUAAUUUCUUGAAGUUUACAGUCUGUUUGGUUGCUUGCGGUGGCUGUCAUAUGCUAGUUUUUGCCACUCCAAGGCCUAAAGGGUCUGAAGAAAUACACGAAGAUUUACGUGAAAACUGUUUGGCUGCUACUAUCUCUAAACUGGGUGGUGAUUCAUUAGUAACUAACACCUUGCAGAGAACGUUAUCGGCUCGAAUGCGGCGGAGAGAGAGGGAAAAAUCUCCAGAACAGUUUUGUCGAAUGGUGCGAACGUUACCUCCAUUGGGAGAAGGCUCCCUAAAACCUUCUUUACGUGCUGCCAGCAACACUGUCCCACUCAAUUUACCCACAACAAACCAUCCUGAUGUAACGGAAGCGAAUACAAAUAAAGCCAUUGAAUCAACUGUGGACUGCGAAACAGAGGAUCGGAAGCAGGAAAAAGAUAAACCUGAAGAAAGUACCACAGAGGAAGAUUCAGAUAAGGAAAGUGAUGACAGAAGCCUUGGAAACACAACUGAUGUUCUAAAUAUGACACACAUGAUGAGACUGAAUCCCAGUGACCAGUCCUUAAAAUUAACACCAGUUCAAAAACAAAAGGAUCAAAAAACUUCUGAAGAUGAAGAGAUUGACGAAGAAGAAGAAGAAAUAACAGACAAAGAAGAGGAGGAGGAGGAGGGAGGGAGCAGUGAUGAUGGGAAAGUGCAUGAAAAGGAGGAACGUGACAGUAAAACACCUGAGGGAGAAAGAAGCAAUAACACCACUACAGAGAUUGGCUGCUUAGAUGAACAGGAAGAGAAGACCACCCAAGAAGAGAAAAUACUUCAGCAAGAAAGAGAAAAUACCGACACUCAUCCUGAGAACAGUUCUUUAGGGGCAAUUUCGGAAAGUAGUACUGACAGAAUAUCUGGAGGAAUACUUGGAAGGACUAAAAAGUUUUCUUUGUUUAAGCGAAAGUCAUUGACAAGUCAGAAAAAUGUACAUAACAGCAAUGAAGGUAAAUCUGAAAAGCCACUCCAAAGUGAAAAGGAUAAAGGAAAGGAAGCAGAUUUAUCUGGCGAUGACAGGAAAGAUGAAAACCAAAAUCACACGAGGAAGAAUCCUAAGGAAACCACAACUAACCAGGGCAGAAAGACCAAGUCCUCUACUUGUAUAAUACUGUAAUGCUGUCAGAAUAUAUAUUUGACAGGCUGCAAGCAAAUGUUGCAAUUUAUACUUGAAAACAAUUAUGACUUCUUAUUGUUACUGAUGACAGAUUUAAAAAAAAUAAUUAAGUUGUUUGCCUUGGUUUUGGACUUGAAGACCAUGGUUUUGGUAUUUAUUUCUAUUGAUAAUUUUAGUAAUUGAAACUGAUAAGCUUAUCAGAGUGUUACUGAAGUGUUGUGGCCUUAACUGUUCAGUGUUGUAAUAAAAAUAUAUUUUUGUAUGUGAAAAGUUGGAUUCAGGCAUUUUAAUAAUUUUUGCUAAAUAAUUGUAUCCUAAGCUUGUAUCUACAUGGUACCACUUACAGUCGGAUGUGGUGCAAAGCUGUAAAUAGCUACUGUAGUGUAUUAUUUAGUUCAACAAAAUAGCUAGGAAUGUUUAGAAAUUAACAUUAAGGGUAUUGAGCCACUUAGAAUCAUCUGUCUUGUUCCAUUUUGAAAUAGAAAAAUAGCAAUAAAAACUCAAAAGUAUUUAAGAAUAUAGGCCCUGAUUCAGCAAGGUACUGUAAACAUGUGUCUAGCUUUAUGAAUAUGUGUAGUUUCAGUGAAGUCAAUGAGAUGCCUAACUGUAAGUAAUGUGUAAUGUGCUUUUGUACCUGGACAAAUCAGGGCCUUGCAGAAACUCCACUCAUUUUUGGGAGAUGCUGAGUGCUUUCAACUCUAGCUGAAAUCAGUGAGAGUUGUUGAGGGAAUUCACCUCUACAUAGAAUCAAGCCAACAGCAGGGCAGAAUGAAAUCAAUUGUCAAUAUUGCCAUUUUACCGGGAGCCUAUUCCUGCAUCCUCGAGCACCCAAAUUUUCACUGUACUUUAGUGGAGGUUUUGUUAGCAUACAAGCUACAGCAUCUGAGACCCUUAAUUAUGAUUACACAUGGUGGACAUCUUGAAGUAAGCAAAACUUUAUAUUUAGUAAAGGAAAUAAAUUGAUCACAUCGACAAGGCUACUAAGAUAUUCAUCCUUAUAGAGCAGCUGAUGCCUUGUGGAAAAACUUUGAAAAGCAUUCUGUCGUAUUAAGAAAUCAUUUGAGUUUAUGUAUAAUUUUCUGUAUUUUUUUCCUUUUCAUUUUAUGAAGGACAUUUGCAGGAAAACAUUUUCUUCAUUAACAUUUCAUGUGUUGCAGCUGCCUGCUUUCCGCCUGGAGUUAAUAUCCUCUGGGAUAUCUGAAUGAAUUACUAUGGGAAAUAUUGAUGUUGCAAACAGAUCAUUAUGGGCUAAAUCGCUCUUGUUUUUCUCAGGCAAGUACUUUCUGUAGCUUCAGUGGCUCUGCUCUAAGGGAGGAGAAGGGAUUUGGCCCUCUCUCAGGUAGGGAUUAUGCAGAAGGAGCAAGUGAAUGCUUCAGCCAAUUUCCAGACCCAUCAGUGGGAUGCAAAUGUUUUUUUCUUUCAGAAUUUGUCAUUUUUAUUUGUUGUUUACAUUUCUUAUAUUUAACACACAGUUCUAAUUACCAAAUUCAUAAAGAGACAAGAUUCCUUAAAAUUCAGC